UAAACGUCAUUGGCUUGCGACUUUCUGGACUGACAUCAUGACAAGAGCGGAAAGGUCACACGUUUAGUAACAUGGCUGCUACCUUAUGUCAGUGCUACCAGGCAUAUAUGCUAAGAAGUACCCGAUUUCUGUUGACUCGGUCGCAGAUGACGCGAUCUCAGAGCUGGACACUUUUGAAAGCCAGUAUACACAGGAUGGGCAGACCUUCUGUAGAAGUUUCCACGGUACCUCAAGUCUUUACUUUAUCGAAAGCCAAUACAUGCAUACCUGUGAUGGAACUGUAUCAGCAAAGGUAUUAUUCAUCCGGAGGCAGGCGAGGCUUUCUAGCUGAAUUUUUUAAUAACAUCAAGCAAGAACUGGCUAAAAAUAAGGAAAUGAAAGACAGCAUCAAGAAAUUCAGAGAAGAGGCUAAGAAACUGGAGGAAUCUGAUGCCUUGCAGCAAGCUAGGAAAAAAUACAAAAACAUAGAGUCUGAGACUGUUAAAACAUCAGAAGUGUUGAAGAAGAAAAUUGAAGAGCUGACUGGCACAGUUAAAGAGAGUAUCGAGGAAGUAUCCAAGUCGGACAUCGGUAAGAGAAUAAUGGAAGGAGUAGAGGAGGCGGCAAAGACUGCCAAGCAGUCUGCGGAGAGCAUCAGCAAAAGCGGAGAGAAAAUUGGCAAGACAAAUGCUUUCAAAGCAAUUUCGCAGGGAGUAGAAACCGUGAAGAAAGAAAUUGAUGAAAGUGUCCUUGGACAAAGUGGCCCGUAUCGACCUCCAGAAAGACUCCGCAAAAGAACAGAAUUUGGUACAGAUAAAAACAGAGAGGAGAAAAUCUUUGCACCUAAUGAAGAUGCAACAGGAAUGGUACUGCACAAAGAUUCGAAGUGGUACCAGCAGUGGAAAGAUUUCAAAGACAACAACGCAGUUUUCAAUAGGUUCUUUGAAAUGAAGAUGAAAUAUGAUGAAAGCGAUAAUGCGAUCAUUAGAGCAUCACGAACAAUCACGGAUAAAGUCAGUGAUUUAAUAGGUGGCAUAUUUUCCAAAACAGAAAUGUCUGAAGUUCUGACUGAGAUUCUGAAAGUGGAUCCAUCCUUUGAUAAAGACAAGUUCCUUAAGCAGUGUGAGAAGGACAUCAUUCCAAACAUUCUUGAGGCCAUGAUAAGAGGAGAGCUGGAUGUCCUAAAAGACUGGUGCUAUGAAGCAACUUACAGUCAGCUUGCUCAACCAAUCCAACAAGUGAAAGCUACAGGUCUUAUGUUCCAUUCCAAAAUCCUAGAUAUCGAUAAUAUUGAUUUGGCAAUGGGCAAAAUGAUGGAGCAGGGUCCAGUAUUGAUUAUCACCUUCCAGGCUCAAAUUGUUAUGGUAAUCAAGAAUGCAAAAGGAGAAGUGGUUGAAGGAGAUCCUGAUAAAGUUCUGAGGAUGUUGUAUGUUUGGGCACUCUGCAGAGACCAAGAUGAGCUAAAUCCUCAUACUGCUUGGAGGUUGCUUGAUAUUUCUGCCUCCAGUACAGAGCAAAUUCUUUGAGUAUCACUGAAAAGAGGAACAUUUGUUUGCACUGCAGUUACCGCACAUCUCCGAGUCCAUCGUAGUGGCCAUUUUACCAUCUGUAUCAGUUUAUGGAACAGUCUGAGGAUUUUCUGAUGCCACAGAGUAGUGUGAAACGUGGUCUGCAGAAUGUUUUGGUGCCACCCCUGCCACAAUACAUAUGGGACAAAAACAGUGGCAUUAAAUCUGUAGUCUUAUAUCAGCUAAUUUAUUAUGAGAGUGAAUAAAGUUACUUGUACUGCUGUCUGGUAUUUUAUAUUUAAGAAGCCAGUGAUUAUUUCUCUCCAAGAAAGAAUUAGUUUCAGUGUACAAUCACUUGUGUAUUGAGGAAAGAAUACUUCCCUAAUGUUCACAAGUGGAAAGCAACAGAUGGUUUGAGACCAGAGACAAAGGCAAACAUUCCACACUGCGUGAACUGCAUACUGUGCAGUUUUCAUCCCCCUGCAACAAGUGUCCAGUUAAGAUAUCAAGACAUUGAUCCAAAAUGGGAUUUCAUCUUAUCCACCACCAUUUGUAUCUCAUUAACAGUCCUUUCCAGAGUUGAGACGAAAUAAGUUAUGCCCCUUCUUUGCUGACAUAACUGACAGCUAUGUAUUUACUUGCUGUAUUUUUUUUCGAAGUUAGGUCAUAGGAUAGAGCAUCAGUAGCUGGCAGAAUUUUCACGUGAUCAGUGCACAGGCAUGCCUUUUGUGACUGACAUUUUGACUCGCAUUGUGAAAUUUAUCCUGGUCCUCUUGGAGGGCAGGAAAUGUGGAAGUUAAAAUUGAAGUAAAAAAAUGACAUUUUUACAUGCUAAGGUGCUAAUGAAGGCAGUUUUUAAUUGUAUUCUAGGAAGCUGAGCCCCUACGUUUAAGGUCAUGUGCAUGUUAAAACAUCAGUCGAGUCAGAGGAUGUUCAUUAUGCAGUGUUUUUUUGCACCAGCAGUUUCAGUUGCAUCUUUAGUUUUAUUGGAAUUCUGUCAUGGACCUGUGGGAUAAUUUCAGUAGUGUUUGUUAAUGUCGUGUGGUUACUGACUGAGGCAGUUGGAUAAAUUUAGUCAGAAAAGUUCAGCUCCAACUUCAAAAUCAUUCUUCAAGAAUGUGACCUAGUCCACAUGUUUGAAGCAGUGGAUUGAAGCAAAACCUCUUGUAAUGUAAGACAUUUGGGGAUGUAUAGGGUUAAGAAAUUAAAAAAAAUGUAAUAACUAAAAAUAAAAAUAAUUGAUGUGCCAA